CUGUAGGGUACAAGAGGGCUUUUGGAGAAUCCGGGUCAGGUUGGCCGGACCGAGCUGGCAGUUCCUUUGUUUUCCCCCUUCCUUGCGAGGAACUUUCGCGAAGUCGUCGAUAAUUUAAAGGGACCGCAGAGAACGACCCUUUCUGCCAAAACUCUCCUUCCUUCCGCGGAGAAGACUUAUCCGGAGACCGAGGUGGGAGCCAACCAUGGCAUACGUCGAGAAUGGUGUUGUGAAACAAAAGCGGACUGUUUGGAGGUUAAGCAUAAUAUCAGAUUUCUUCUGGGCCAUUGUGAAUUUCAUCAGUGUGUUCUUUAUGACAAUGUUCUCGAUGGAAAAAUCAAAUGAAUACAAGAAAGGGUCAGGCUCUAGUAAGAAAUGGGACGGUGGCCCUGGAGGUGGUCCUGGAAGGGGUCCAUAUGGUGGUGGUGGUGGUGGUCCCCGUGGGCCACGUACAUUGGCUGAUCUCAGAGGAAAUGAUCAUAGUUCUCUUCCUGCAUGUGGAUCCUGCUGUGGAGGCUAAAUGCAAUUUUACAUCUUUCUGGAUCGUUUGCCACCUGUUCAAAUAGACUUUCUGCUUUUCUGUAUCAAGACAAUAUGUUUGAAAUGGCUCCUUUCGUCACAGCAACUUGUAAUUCAGGUUGUGGACAUGUGGCAUGUUAUGGUUUUUGGUUUUAUAUGGAGUAUCUCUAGUGUAAAACUCUAAUACAACUUGGAAAAGUUGGUCUUACCUGGAGUAUUUCUACCAUACAAUUCUGCUUUCAACUGGAGAUAUCCUAAAAAGCAAUAAUGAUGUGUGGAAUAGAAGGUAGCUUUCCAACUGCC